AAAUAAACCGUACAGUACUUUCAUUUUUUUUACUUACAAAAACAAACUGCGCCAAAGUUAUAAACUUGAAAGAGAGAAGAAACAAAUUAGAAGAAGAAGAAGAAAAAUGGAAAAUCUUGUUAACUCUUUUUCGGUGUUGGAACUUGAUGCUGACGAUAGCACCAUUCAACCUCUUUCUCUUCCUUCUGGUAGUAGUGGAAAGAAAGCUAACGGCAAAGCUUUACCAGUGAAAAUUGAGAAACAAGAUCAACACAAUCCAUAUUUGUCUGAUUACAGGUUACCUCUUGUCUGGAUUGACUUGGAAAUGACUGGUUUGAAUAUUGAAUUGGAUAGAAUUCUGGAGAUUGCUUGUAUAAUUACAGAUGGAAACUUAACCAAAUCAGUGGAGGGUCCUGAUCUGGUCAUACAUCAAACUAAGGAGUGCCUUGACGGGAUGGGAGAAUGGUGUAAAAGUCAUCACGCUGCUAGUGGGUUAACAAAAAAGGUGCUUCAGAGUACAAUUAGUGAAAGAGAAGCUGAAGAACAGGUUAUUGAAUUCGUUAAGAAACAUGUUGGAGGUACUUACAAACCUCUCUUGGCAGGAAAUUCGAUAUAUGUGGAUUUACAAUAUAUGAAGAAAUACAUGCCAGAAUUGGCGGGGAUCUUCUCUCAUGUGGUUGUUGAUGUUAGUAGUAUUUCAGCUCUUUGCAUUCGCUGGUAUCCUAAAGAUCAGAAAAAAGUACCUACAAAACAAAAAAGGCACAGAGCUCUGGAUGAUAUUAGAGAAAGUAUUGAGGAACUUAAAUACUACAAGGCAAACAUUUUCAAGCCAAAGGUCAAAAAAUGAUAGUAUUGCUAACAAGAAAACAUGUGAAUUUUGACAAGUGCAAAUCUCAUUGUUAUGAAGUGUAUUUUUUGCAGUUAUUGCACACUCACAUUUAAAAUUAUAGAGAACUCUGACAUUUAAAAUUAACUCAUUUCAGUUGUUGUACAAUCAUUUUAUUGUCUAUUACAGUGCCCAAAAAAGUGUUUUGCUUAUGCUAAAGGCGAUGAUUUUGAAA